AUGAGAACCAAUCACAGACAACAAAGACUGCAAGCAAUAUCGGAAGACGUUGCCCUUGUUUAUCUUGCAACAGGUGAUUAUGAUCAAGCCUUGAAAUAUCAAUUGAGAGCGUUAGAAAUGAAACAAAUCUCCCUUUCGCCAAGCCAUGACAAUAUAGCUAGAAGUCUGACGAAUAUUGACGUUGUUUAUCAUGCAAAGGGUGAUUAUGGUCAAGCACUGGAUUAUUAUAUGAAAGCAUUGAAGAUGCAAGAAAUCUCUCUUCCUAGGAACCAUGCUAGCACAGCGAACACUCUAAUGAACAUUAGCCUUGUUUAUCAUGAAAAGGGUGAUUAUGAUCAAGUUUUGGAUUAUUAUAUGAAAGCUCUCGUAAUACAGGAGAGCUCGAAAAGAAAUGCUGUAGCUGCUGAGCUGCAGUAUAGAACCGGAGCAUGUUAUGUGGAGAAAGGUAGUUACGACCUCGCUUUGCUGCACUUCAACGAAUGUUUGAAAAUAUAUGAAGAAUAUUGUGACGAUUCAAAUAUCGCAAUGAUGCAUGUGAAAAUUGCGCAGCUCGGAGGACAAAUACAAGACUAUGAUUUGGGUGUAGAGUAUUUUGCGAAAGCUUUAGUAUUACUGGAAAAAUUGAAUAUGAAAGAUGUUGCCAGUUUACACAACGGGAUCGGAUGGUAUUAUUAUAUGAAAGGGGAUUUUGAUUUGGCUACUGAUAUUGCACUAUAUCGAUGGAACUAUAUGAGGAGUGUUCAUUAUGUGAGGAUCCAGAAUGUGCAAAUGUUCUUAACAGUUUAG